GGCAGGCGCGUGGUUAUCAUGUGAUUUUGGUAAACCAGAUGAUCAAGAAGUCUGUUUCAGAUCAAUCAUUAGAUUUAUUUUUUCAAUUUUGUUUUCUCGUUUUUUUCCUUUUUUAAUCCGCCAAUUUUUGUCAGAAAAAUUUAAAUUAAACUUCUUACAAAUUGAUCUCAUAUUCACCGUUAUUAUUCAACUGUCAAUAGCAACAAUGUUAGGAUUAUCUUGAUAUUUGGGAUCCACAGUGAAAAAUGGUUAAUUACUGUUUUAAUGUUUAAAAUUUCAGAUGAACCUGACCCAAUCAGGGGAAUCUUUCAUCUGUAUUACAAUCGAGAUUAUGAAAAUUGAAAAUAAGGUGAUACUGCGCGUGGCUCUCCGACAAUUUGAAUCAGGGGAGAAACGACAAUGGCCCGUCUAUCUAAAAGAACUAACGCAAUUAUUCGAGAGCCAACAAUUCAGUCGAAUCGUCCAUGAUAAACCAGGUAGAAUCAUUGAUGAUGUCACUAGGGUUUUGGCUCGCAUUUUGACCACCAAACUUUUCCCAGACAUUAUCGAGGAGAUUAUUGUGUGCUUAUCAACUUUUGCAGUUUCCCUCGGUUAUCAUUGUAAAGAGCUCUUUAAUUGGAUCUUUGAGCUAUACAACUCUUCUGUUCCAGAUGAAACUCGUCUGGUACUACUGCGUUCUUUGGUUAAAAUCAUUGAGAGCAAUUGCCGAGCCUUACGUGAAAACAUGCCUCAAUUGAUGAACAAAGUGAAAAAAGCACUAGAAGAAGCUCAAACGGCUGAAAUUCUGCUUGGUAUAACUGACAUUUUUCUUGCCACAUCACGAAUUUUUCCUGAUGUCUUGGAAAUUCAUUUUCGAGAUAUUGUUGACAUUCUUAUCGGUUGGCACUUAGACUCUUCACAAUCUCCUGCUAUCUCAUCAAAUCUAGCCAAAGCUUUUAUCUCGUUCAAUAGCUUUUGGGUGAAUGAUUUUGAAUUUUCACUUGACUUGUUAGGACAAUUCCUAGAAGAUUUUGAAGUUUUCUACAAACGAUUACUGGAAAACAGUACAAAAAUCAGUAAUAAUUCCGAUCCUGUUUUAGAUGAGACUAAAGUUGAGAAAAGCUCUCAGAUGGAUGUUGUUGAAUCGAGUUUUACUCUUAAUAAAAUGGCAUCAUUGGUACGUGUCUAUAUCACUGUGCUCAAAAGCCUUGAUGAAUUUGCCUCACCUGAGCGCAAUACUGGAAUCACCUGGGAAUUCAUUGUUGGCUCACUGCAAACAAUUCUCAUUGCUGUCGAACACACCUUGCAAAUUACUAUGUUUGAAUCUUUGAUAGUUUCUACUAACGAGUGUGCACUUUUUACUUUAGAUAUUGUAUGUAAUUACAAUAUCGAAUUGAUUCACGAAUUGUCUCAGCAAUUAAUACCUUAUAUUUAUUCGAUUCAUCAAUAUAUGGUGGAUGUUAAUGAUGCUUACAUUUUAACAACUCUUCGACUUGUUACCAAAUUUGUUCAAUCUAUGAAUGGAGAUUUGCCGAUAGAAUUCAUAUCUGAUUUACUUCAACCGCAAUCAAACUGUCAGAAUUUACGUUUCAUGCCUUCACCAGCAGUUCUUACUGCUCUUUUUGAGUUACAUCAUACUUUGCUUGGACUAAAGAGUGUACCACAUGUGAGAGAAACUUAUGGUUCCUUUCUGUCUGACUUUUUCUCUGCUUAUUCAAGUUUAACUGGACAAGAAGUGAUAAUUCCUGAAUACGAUGAUAAAGAUUGGAAUGAAAACAAAACAAGUUAUGAAAUCGACAAGGCCGAAAUCGUCAUUGAAUCAACUUUAAUCUCAUUAACUGAAAUUGGAAAUGCAAAACAUUCGAUCAUCGGAAUGUGGGCUUUAAAGCCAACUUUUUUUGACCUAUUGACAAACUAUAUUGAUCCAACCAAUCAAACUUUGAUGGAAAAAGCACCUCGAGUUCAAUACUCGAUCCUCUUCAUAUUGCAUUCUCAUUGCAGUUUACACAAUCACUUUAUUUCUAAUAGUAAUUUGAUUACUGAGACUAGUGGAAUCUCUGUUCUUUUUGGUACCUCUCCAUCAUCGGCUUUUACAGCGCCAAUAAAUCCCCACACAACUGGCCAUUUUGCUAAAAUACAAAGCAUUCUAAAUACAAUAUUGAGCAAAUCGAAAGUCCAAUCAGAAAUCCAAUUGCUCUGUUUAACGUGGUUUCUUGAAAUUCUAAAGAGUAGUUCGUAUCACCUCCACCGUUUAAUCCAAACUCAACAAUUUACCAGUCUUGUCACAACGGUUUCUCUUUAUCUUUUUGCCAAAAAUUCCAAACUAUGUCUAUCCAGUUGUGAAGCCAUGAAAAUACUGCUGCGAACGAUUGAAAACUUACCGAAUACUGAUUUGCUUAAACGUAUUCAUCAAGCAUGUCUUUUUAACAUUGGUCGCAUUGAGAGUAAUAUUGUACAAAGUUUUCUUGAUUUGUAUGCCAUUCUUCCUAUCAACUGUUUUUCAUUAAGCUCUGGUCGAAUGAAAAUUCAAUUUAACCGAAACGAUUAUCUUUCACCUGAUGAUCUUCGAAUAGCAAAGAUGGCUUUAAUGAAAAGUGAACCUAAUCCACAAUUCUCAGCUAUUUGCUUCAGAAUAAUUCUUACUUUUCUUCUUGAAAAUCCAACCAUUGAUGAUGAAAGAUGGCUUCAAAGACUGUGCCAUUCAUGUUCAACAAACGGUAUCCCUAAGUUGACCGAUGUUAAAGCUAACAAUCAUGAUCAAAACGGCUUUGGUGUCAACACUCAAUCAAUCAUCGAUAUAUUCGACCAUAAUCAAUCUUCUCUUAUUUUCUGGGCUUGUUGGCAAAGCAUACAGUAUUGUAUUGUUAACAAAUUACGUACUCCUUUAGGAAAAGCUCAGGACACUUUUACUAAAAUUGAAAUGGCUGUUAAAUCGAAAGCAAUAGCUGUUCAAAAUACUUUGGAAACUAAAAAGUCAGCUCACAAUGAUGAACUUCUUCAAACACGAAUGUUAAUCUUAUUAAUGGAAAAUUUGGACAAAUUAAUGUAUAAUGCUUAUGAAGGAAAUGCCAGUCGACUUUUUACUACUCCUAAAUUGGCUAAAUCAUUUUUCAGAACCAACAAAGCUACCUGUGUUGAAUGGAUGAAUCGAAAUCGACGUUCACUAAUGAUAAUUGCGUUAAAAUCAGGAGAUCCUGCUUCUGUGUGGCGUCACGGACAAGAAUUAUUAAAAGACAUGGUCUCCAAAUCCCAAAAUCAAGAAAUAGAAUUUAUUUUAACUCUUAUGGUACAAGCUUUGAUGGAACUGAAAGCUGGCGAUGCCAUUGCUGGUCUUUAUAUUUGGACUAAAGAGAGUGCAGGUAUUAGACUUCCAUGGAUCAAAUGGGUUGUUGACGAAGCUCAAGGAAAAUAUGAAACAGCAAUUGUAGAUUAUCAAAAUUACCUGACCAGUCUUGUUAACAAAGAACUCGAUGCAUCACAAAAGUUGGUCAAAGAUUUCAUUGAGAACCGUUUACUAGAAUGUUAUCAAAAUUUAGGUGACUGGCAUGAAGCUCUUGAAUGUUUCAAAAUAUCACGUGAAAAUGUUUUGGAACGAAGAAAGAAUAGUUUCUUUUCAGGCGAUCUUGAUCUAUCUUAUCUCGCAAGUUGGGAUAAGCUUGAUGACUACAACAAGUAUGAAUACAGUUUUCCUCAUAUACUUUCUUGGGACAUACAAUCCGUCUACCAUCGAGCUCAAUCACAGUUAACCAGCGUUAUUAAUUUAAAAAUUGAUGAUAAGAGAAAGUAUCGUUCAAAUAUUAAAAUAUUGGACGAAGUGUGUCGUGCAACAUCUGCUAUAAUAACGGCUCCAAUCCUGGUUAGCCCAUCGUAUGUCUGCCAGAAAUCAGUUACAGUUAAUAAAAUUGCAAGAAACCUUCUUCAUCGGUUGAAAAACAACGAUCGUUCAAUUAAUUGGAAUCCUUGGACUAACUCAGUGUCAGAAGACUUGCGUAAAAUGGAUUGUUCAACUCUUGUACACGCUAUUGGAUGGUUAGAAAAGUGUAAAAAUAUUGAUUCCUUAUUGUCAGCCGAUUCAAACAAUACAAUCAAUGGAUUGAACUUUACUGCUGCUAAAAUUGCUCGAAAGCAAUCAAAUUUACAACUAUCUCAAAAUUUAUUGAUAAAAUUUGCUAAAUUGUCCAACAUCAUACAAGAUAACCAUACCCUGGUAAACGGAGUGGUUGACAAAUCAUCAGCGUGCCAUUUACAAAUUUAUAUAACAUCGGCCUUAGAAACCAAUAUAAGUCCUGAUCAUCCUGCAACAGAAAAACUAAAGUUUCUCAUUGAAGGGUCCAAACUUUUACACGCUUUAGGCGAAACCAAAAAAGCUGGUAAUACAUUACUUUCAUGCAUAGAAACCAAUUUUGUUCUGGUCACGGAUCCCGCUUUAAGCUAUUUCCAAGAAUCGUUAUCAAAACUUUUACUGACUCUUGUAAAAUACUCACAAGUUGAUGGUAGUUUAUUGGAACAAAUAGAUCCCGUCAGAUACAACAAGCUAUCCGAAUUGGUCGAAACAAUUAAUCUUGGAGCAAACUGUAACAGCCAAAUUUUUGAUCUCAAUGAAAUUACCAGUGGAAAACUUCUCCAACUUGGUGUUCAAUAUUGUCCUCAAAUGCCCAAAUGUUGGUUCAGCUUAGGUGCUUGGAGUUAUCGAUGUGGAAAGCGUCUAAUUGAUUCAGAGGAUUCAGACAAACUUGAUCUUGAUUCAUCUAAUCCAAACGAAGGGCCUUUCGCAUUCUAUAAGCUUGCUGCCAAUUCUUAUUUCAAAUUUCUUCAUCUUUGUGGUACUGGUACUGAGGAUAGUUAUGUGACAGCAACUUUAAGAAUUUUACGUCUCAUUGUUAAACAUGCUUCUGAAUUGCGUGAAAUUUUAGAAACUGGCCUUUCAAGCACACCAACUGGUCCUUGGAAAAGUAUUAUAUUACAACUAUUUGCUCGUCUUGGUCAUCCCGAACCUUAUGUCCGCCAAAGUAUUUCCGAAUUACUGUGUCGAAUCGGAGAAGAUUCUCCUCACCUUAUCGUCUUUCCUGCAGUUGCCGGCUCUUUUACCAGUAAUAGUGAAGAUAUAUUUUUUGAAGGCAAAAUAACUGAAAACCAAUCCUCUAAGAAUUUCGAGGAAGAUGGAAACGUUCUUUGUGAUUUUGAUGAUGAUGAAGCAGAAGAAGAUGAAAAGAAGGAUACAUCGGUGAUGCAAAAUUGUUUCGCCGCUCUUGUUGACACUCUUGGUCAGCAAAACCCUGAACUUAUUUCUCAAACAAAAACCUUUAUUCAUGAGCUUCGUCGAAUAAUCAUUCUUUGGGAUGAACUCUGGAUUGGAACUUUAAUGGGACAUCUUGGUGAAAUGAAGAAACAAGUUACUGUUCUUGAAGAUGAAAUUGCUCGUGUUUAUAAAAAUCCAUCUCUUUCUAAAGAGGAAGAAGAAAAAAUUAUUGUUACUAAGCAUCGAGUUUUCCUCCGACGAGUAUUGUACAUUCUUGAACAAACACAAAUGAUCACAGAUGAAACGCCCGAAACGCCACAUGAAAAUUGGUUCCAAAAGAACUUCUCUAAAGCUAUAUUGAAUGCUAUCAAACUUCUAAACUCUCCUCUCGAUCCCGCAAAACCUCAGCAAAGUUUACUUAUUUAUCAACAACUUCUUCACUCACUUCAAAAGAAGGCCUCUCAUUGGAAUUCUGCUCGAUCACAGCUUAUCAUGAGUUCAAUUAGUCCUGUUCUGACCAACAUGGAAAAAACUGUCAUACCUAUGCCUGGAGCUAAUUUCAGCAGUAAUGGAACUGUAGUCACAAUUGAAAAAGUGCACAAGACAGUUACCAUUCUUCACACCAAAACUAAACCCAAGAAGAUAGGAUUUUUUGGAUCAGAUGGAAAAACUCACACUUAUCUAUUCAAAGGACAUGAAGAUCUUCAUCUUGAUGAAAGAAUAAUGCACUUCUUAACAAUUGUUAACAAAAUGUUUGCUAAGUAUCCAAACAACAAGAAUGAAAAAUCUUCUUGCUUCCGAGCUCGUCAUUAUUCUGUCACUCCUCUAGGUACAAAAUCUGGUCUAAUUCAAUGGGUUGAUGGUGGCUCUGCUUUAUACGGCUUUUAUAAACGUUGGAUGCUUAAUCGUGCUUCCACCACUCCAGUCAAUCCAAAAGAUGAAAACAACAAAGCAGUUCAACCGUUGAAUGAUAAUGCUUACAAACCAUCAGAAAUAUUUAAUCGUAAACUCGUCCUCAAAGGCAUUAACAAUCUUGCUCGAUCUGAAUGGUCUUCAUCUAUUCUUGUCGAAAUACUGAAAGAGCUUAUGGAUGAAACUCCAAGCAAUUUGAUCGCUAAGGAGUUAUGGUGUGCAUCCACAAACGCAUUUGAAUAUUGGCAUCUCACUCAAACUUUCACACAAUCUAAUGCUGUUAUGUGUAUGAUUGGUUACAUUAUCGGAUUAGGUGAUCGUCAUCUUGAUAACGUUCUUGUUGAUUUGUCAACUGGUGAAGUAUUCCACAUUGAUUAUAAUAUAUGUUUUGAAAAAGGCAAAACUCUCAGAGUUCCAGAACGUGUUCCUUGUCGUUUAACACAAAAUAUUGUCACUGCUUUUGGUCUAACCGGUGUUGAAGGUACAUUCCGGAUAUCAUGUGAACAUGUUUUGCGUGUUUUACGAAAGGGUCGUGAGACCUUACUCACUUUAUUGGAGGCUUUCCUUUAUGAUCCAUUAAUUGACUGGACACCUGGACAUGAAGAGGGUUACACUUGGUCUAUCUAUGGUGGUGGACGAGUUAAUGUGCUUAAAGAAAUGUUUAUUACAAAAUACCAAAUGGAAAAAGAAAAUGCUGAAGCCUUGCUGAAAAUCAGAAUUAUUGAAACUCGUUUUAAUUGGGCGACCGCUAAAGACAAUUUAAAUAAUAUUUUGUCAUCAAUUUCUAAUGAUUUGAAAAAUUCCGAUAUUACAAAGUUUCCAUCCAUUGAGACUGCAAAUGAAAACAAUUUACCCUUGGUUAAUGAUUUACCCAACUCAAAAGAUUUAAACAAUGAAAAAGAUGUUGGCGGAGGUCUUACUCUCAUAACUUUCCGUGAUGCUGUCAAGUCUCGCAACAUCAACAUCAAUGACAACGAUAUCACGCCUUGGUCAUCUGUCAACGAAAAGCUGGUUCCAUUGAAAAGCGUUAUAAAUAACCAUAACUCUCUUUUGGCUGAAAUUAAGCAUAUAAUUAGAGUUUUAUCCAAACUGGAAGAAAGAGAAAUGGGACCUGAGAGUAAACAUAAUGGACCCAUUAAUCAGUAUUACUUGGUUCACCGUAAAUUUAUUGAAAAUAUUUACAAACUGGUUAAAGAGCUUGAACAACUUUCGUCUGGAUCCAAUAUGAAUCAAGACUCUGAGUCAGAAUCUUUGAUAGUUAAUAUAAAAGAAAGGCUUCAUUUAGUGAUGAAGUUAGUUGACCCUGUUUAUGAUACUUUACUCGACCUUGUGGGUAAAGUCGAAGACUUUGAAUCAUCAGAAUUUUCAUUGAAAAAAUUUUCAGCUAAAGAAUUAUUUUCCACCGAGAAUAACAACACUUCUCCGGAAAAAGGUUCUCAAUAUAAUGGAGUAUCAUCUUUUAAUGGACCCAAUGAGAAACCAAUCAAACAUAUUUUAGGUUUGGAACGUAAUACUUAUGCUACAAAUGUUUGGAAACGAGUAAAAAUGAAAUUAGAUGGACGUGAUCCUCAUCCAGUCAACAGAAGCUCCAUCUCAGAGCAAGUGGACUAUGUCAUCAAAGAGUCCAUGAAACUGGAAAACUUGGCUCUUAUGUAUGAAGGAUGGACUUCCUGGGUGUGAAUCAACUAUUGGAGAUCAACAAUGGAUCAAAAAUCUUAUCGUUCAUUCAAAGUCCUAGACUUUCAGUUCUAGGCUAUCUCUCUCUUUCUCUCUGUCUUGUCCGAGAUUCAGAGUACUAAGGAACUACAAGGGCUUUUGAAUAACAAAAUGAUGACAAAUUGCUCUGCUAUGUUAUCUUGGAUGUUUGCUAGCCCAGCCGCUCCUUCUUUAAUUUGCGUUGAUCAGCAUCAGCUGAAACAAAUAAUAAAAACCAUUGAAAAAAGCUGAAAAGGUAAAAAAGAGAGAAAGAGUUUAAAAGAGACAGGAAAAAAAGGAACAACAAUUUAAAGGGAAACACUUUGAUUAUAUCUCAUAGCAAUUAUACCUUAAGGGUUUUAAUGAUCAGCACAAUUUUGUUAAAUAAAUCAACGAAGAAUUGGUUAGAGAUGAAAUCAUCUUUGAUGGUAAAGAAAGAGUUAACAAGAUCUAAAUACUAAAUAUGCUUUCAAUGUCAGCUAUAAGUAUUGACUCUUCUAAAUGGUUUAGAACAAGCGUAAUUUCGAAAUGUAUGCUACUUCUCCAUCGUAAUAUUUGUGUGUCUCAGGUCAAAUUUUAUCGUUGAUGUAAACACAAAAGGCCGUCAUAAAAAUUGUUGAGUUUGAUCACGGGCAUUAAUUUUGUUCCCACUAAUUUCAGAUUUUGUAUUCAUUAUUAUAAUCACAAUGAAUCAAAAAGUUU